UGACAGAUGGUUUGUCAAAUUUGAGUUAGUGGAAUGUUGUUAUAGCUGGGCGUGUUUGGAUAUUACCGGGAGAAUACGAAAGGAUACUGCAUCGAAGACGUCAGCGUUGCGUCUGCCUUUGAAUCGAGCUUCGUUAGACAUACAGUGGUGGCGCAUAGUGAGGAACUAGCAUUGCGACCUGGCAGUUUCAUCAGUCGUCCCUGGAUCGUUGCAGAACAGGCCGCAGGCAGUCAACUUGCAGCUUGGGCGGACGAAGUGCAGCCAAGAAACCAUGUGGGAAGAAACAAACACAGCUGGAGGUUUCUAGACAUGGGACCUCUGUGACACGACCGCCCAUGGCCAACAUGCGCUACUGUGAGAUGCCACGAGAUGUGUCGUGCGAUAGCCUGGCGGCUCUGCGCAUCGCUGAGGGACGGGAGGACAACGCCGAUGGCGCGAGCCCCGAGAAGUCCCCGUCGUCGGACGCGUCGCCGCCGUCCGGCUUCCUGGUGAACGGCACGGAGACGCCGCUGCUGAGGCCACGGCCCACGUCUGCCGCCGCGACGCCUCACGCCGAGCAGGAGGGCGCCAGGACGGCAGCAGCGGCUGCAACCGCGGGGGGCCAGGGCGCCGCGAGUCGCCGCACGCUGCCGCCACGCGCCGACUCCGGCCGCAAGAUCUCGCACCCCGGCGCCGCGCGGCCCGCGGUCUGCUACGACAACUACGGCUCAUUGCCACAUAGCGUUGGUGCUCACAGUAAGUCACAGAGCUUACCGGCAAACUCUUCUAUCAAGAGCUACGAUUCAGUUGUCUUUGAUGCACUGAGAGUACCACCUGAGGACUUCGCAAGCCAGUUGACACUGCUUGAUCUGCAGGCCUUUCGCAGUAUUCAGCCUGAAGAGCUAACGAGCUGUGCUUGGAACAAACGCUCUAAACUCACCGUGGCACCGAAUGUUGUGGCCUUCACGAGACGUUUUAAUCAUGUCAGUUUUUGGACUGUACAAGAAGUUUUAAAUGGCACUACACCAAAGCAAAGAGCAGAGGUUCUUGCUCAUUUUAUUAGGAUAGCAAAGAAACUAUAUGAUCUUAACAAUUUACACUCACUAUUUGCAAUCGUAUCAUCCCUGCAAAGUGCAUCACUUUACAGGUUAACCAAGACUUGGUCAUGUUUGUCAAAGAAAGAACGACAGACAUUUGAUCGUCUUGCAGAGGUGUUUUCAGAUAAAAAUAAUUGGAGCAACCUAAGAGAACAUAUGGAAAGUCUUAAACUGCCUUGUGUACCGUACUUAGGAUUGUUUUUGACUGACCUUACAUAUAUUGACAUGGCACAUCCUCACUCUGGGGGCAUGGAAUCUGAGCAACGCCGUCUUAAGAUGAACAACAUACUUAGAGUGAUAUCAAAUUAUCAGCAGUCUGACUAUUCCACUCUUGUGCAUCUACCUCAUAUACAGACUUAUUUACGUUCUGUCAGGUACAUUGAAGAGCUCCAGAAGUUUGUUGAGGAUGAUCAGUACAAGUUGUCCCUAAAAUUAGAGCCUCCAUCUCCUGCUCCAAGUUCAUCCAGCUCCAAAGAAUCAGUUUCUGAUGCAGUGGCUUCACUUAGUCUCUCACCUGCUAAAGGACUGUCGUCAGGCUCCUUGAGGCUUGCAGCUGGAUCAAAAUUUGUGCCCACUCAUCGCAAAUGUCGCAGUCUCGGCACCAAAUUCCGUAGCACAAGCCUUCCUCGUAACUUCCACAAACAGCAACAUCAGCUGACAGGCUGGGUUCCUAGUGGCAUCUUCAACAAACAGUCACAUGGGAUACCAUUCAGUGAAGAUGAGGACAUAGCACUGAAAUCAAGAAAUCUCCUUGACGAUUCUGUCAUUGAGGAACAGCUUCAACAACAACAACAACAGCAGCAACAGCAACAGCAACAGCAACAGCAGCAACAACAGUCACCUAAAGGCAAUGGCUGCCACAAGGAGGUAGACUUGGAAGAUGAAGAAGGUCAAACAUUACUGCAUAGAUGUGGGUCUAUAGUGUCGACAGAUUCUGAUGAGUUUUGCCAGGAAGCUGGAUCUCAUUAUACAAUACAAGGUUGCCUCAGGCGAAAAACUGUGUUAAAGGAUGGUCGGAAGCCAGCUGUCUCAUCGUGGCAGCGUUACUGGGUUCAGUUGUGGUCGAACUCCCUUGUGUAUUACCCUCCUAAAUCAUUUAAAGGAAGUGAGAGAUCAGACUUCAAAGGAGAACCUUGUAAAAUGGUAUCUGUUGAUGGGUGGUCAGUUGUGCUGGGUGACAAUCCAUUCCAACAAGAUGUUUUUCAGCUCACAGACCAUGAAAAAGGGAAUGUAUAUAAGUUCAAAGCUGGCAGCCGCUCUGCUGCCCAGCAGUGGUCUCGCCAUCUACAUCAGGCAGCCCAAGGAACCAAGGAAAAGCCCUUACCUGCCAACCUGAUGUCAUUUGAAUAGAUACAAACACAUUAUUUUGCUGUCCACUACUGUGUGAUGCUGUGUUACUAGUGCAUGUGAAUUUAAAUGUUAUGAAGUGAUUGGUUUGAAUGUUAAUGGAUAAUCCUGAUGGAAAUGUACUUGUCAUCACAGAACCAUCUGAACUGAGAUGGAGACAACUCAUACAAAAAUGCGUGACACAAAAUAGUAAUUAAUAUGAACAUUAUUGUACAUUUUCUUUUGUACACAAAUUUUACAUUAUGUAACAAGAUGAUGUAGAAACUCUGACAUACAGUAUCAUAUUUAAAUGGUCAAGUGUGUUUUAAAAAACCAUAGUAGAGGUCUAUGAGAUGACAGAGAUUUGUGUAACAGUCUUAAAUGAGCACAGUGAAGAUUGUGGUUUGAUGUGCUGUCACUGUUAGAGAAAUUGCCAGUGUUACAAUGUUGGCAGAUAAAUUCAGGAAUCUCCAUGCAGUCUUUACAAAAGUAGGAUAGAACAUAAUCAUAUCUCAUGAAAAAGUGUAAAAUAUUGUGCAAUCAUAAAUUGAAGAAAGAUAAAAAAAUCUAGUUCUCACUUGCCUUGUAUGUAUAGAAGGUGUUAUGUGAAAAAGAGCCUAGGAGUCAUCUCUUUGGUGGUACUUUUUUAUGAAAAUUUUGAAUAUGUUAGGUGUGUGUGUGUGUGUGUGUGUGUGUGUGUGUGUGUGUGUGUGUGUGUGUG